CUCGAGCUCCGAAGGCCUCUAGUGUCGCUGUGUUCACGACGAUGCUUCUUUCCUUUUGGCGUAUAUGUGACAUGAUAAUUUGGACCCUCUACCACACGACGGUUGUGUGAUGGCUCAUUGCUUUUCACCUACACUUGUCUUCGGCCUUCUCAAUUUGCUGAUGGCACUACUGAGUAUGGUUUUCAGCGACAGACACAAAUUAUCUAUGCACAAUGAUCAAUCGCCGGGUCAAUGCUCAAAUCAGCUGGGAAUAAAUCUACUGCCCGUACUUGACGCAAUCUAUAACGACAAUGCCGACCGAGUGGCCAGCCACCUAUGCUCAUCGCAAAACCAGAAGGUUCUACCGAGCGCGUGAUGCAGUAGUACUCGGCGUGGCGCGGGCGUCGCAAAGAAUAUGGCCUGAUCCGUCCUUGUUGAAUUCAAAGUAAUACAGCCUUCUCUACUCGACUAGUGAAUCA